AUGCAAUUCACUGCCAUUAUCAUUUCCUCCAUCCUCGCUCUUGCCACCAACGUCAACGCCUGGUCCGAGAAUGCCGAUACUAAAGUCUGGACUGCAAACAACAACUACACGACCAUCCGAGGCUCUGUUGUCCACGAAGCUUGCACCGAGAUGAACACGGAGAAUAUUCGUGCCGGCGGAGCUGAUUGCGCUUACUGGACUAAUGGUGUGGGAGGAAUUCUGAAUGGAAAGUGCAAUUAUCAAGGAAACUCGGUUCUUUGCAUCAGUGGUUGUUAG